ACAUUGGAAAAAAAAAACAAAAAAGCAAUGUAGCGGACGGACGUCGUUUUCGACUUUUCUAUUCCGUCAUGCAAUAAUUUUUGUCAUUCAUGAGUUCGUCGAUAAAAAAUAUUUUAUAUGGUGUCACCUUCGUGAACAUUAGUUGAAAUAAUAGAUAAUAAUGUGUUAGUAUUUUAUUUCGCGUAGUUCAUCUUCAUAGUUCUAUAAGAUAGGUGUGUGACAAGUUCGGUAAUGGUGGCCAUGUCAUGAAAAUCCCAACAGCCAUGGAUGAUAGCUCCGUGUCUCAUCACAACGGAGGGCAAGUGGGAUCUCAAAUUGGAGUGAAUGUAAAUAACAAACAGAAUGACGAACCUAGCCAAAGUGUCCAGUAUUCGAUACCGGGCAUCUUGCAUUUUAUUCAACACGAAUGGGCGAGAUUCGAGCUCGAGAGAUCACAAUGGGAGGUGGACAGAGCUGAGUUUGAGGCACGGAUCGCCUUCCUCCAGGGUGAGAGGAAGGGUCAAGAGAAUCUAAAGAAUGACCUCGUGAGGCGGAUCAAGAUGCUGGAAUAUGCUUUAAAACAGGAAAGAGCUAAGCUCCACAAGCUCAAGUAUGGAGUAGAGCUCCAACAAGGUGACAUGCGUCCACCACCUGAGGAGCUUCCACCAGAACCUGAGCCAGCAGAGAGGGCACAGUGGAAGCAGGGGCAACAACUAAUUAAACAGUACUUGCAGGAAAUAGGUUAUACAGAUACAAUCCUGGAUGUGCGCUCAAACAGAGUGCGAACUUUGUUGGGACUGAACAAUGAAGAGCAGGGAGAGGAUCCUAAUUACAGAAACUAUGAUAAACAACAGCGUGAUAGAUAUGAAAUUUGCAGUAGUCAUGCCAUGAAUUCUAUGGGUCGAAAAUAUGAUUAUGGUGGUAAAGAGCCACGCAAAAGUGGCGUGUCCACUGGUGGAGGAUACAAUGAAGAGGGACUCUCCGUGCAAGAAACUGCUGCUGUUUUUGCUAACUUUGAAUUUCUAGCUAAUCAGGAAAUGGACAUGGAUGAGAUUGACGAUCUGGAUGCGAAGCAACCACAUCAUGCAGCUAGCAAACAAGGCGAAGAGGUAGAUCAUGAAGCUGAAGAAGUCCUGAAUGAACUAAACUCACUGACAGAAAGUGAAGCUGAUGGUGGCGGACAAGGUGAUGAAUAUCCAGUUGGUAAAUUUGCAGGCGGUCCUGGUGUGGCGGCGGCGGGCGCCGGCGUGGUGGGUGCGGGCGUGGUAGGCGCGGGGGGCGCGGGCGGCGCGGGCGGCGAGGCGGAUGAGGAGCCGCUGGCCCUGGGCGAGCUGGCGCAGCUCACCGUCAGCAACGAGCCGGAAGCGUACGAUGUCGCCAGCGCCAACAAGGAGUCCUUCCGUAAAACGUGGAACUCCAAAUACACGUUGCGCUCGCACUUCGACGGGGUACGCGCGAUCGCGUUCCACCCGACGGAGGCGGCGCUGGUGACUGCGUCGGAGGACCACACGCUGAAGCUGUGGAACCUGCAGCGCACCGUACCUGCCAAGAAGUCGGCCGGCCUCGACGUGGAGCCGCUGUACACGUUCCGCGCGCACACCGCGCCCGUACUGUGCCUGGCCAUGGGCGCGCCGCGUUCCGAGGAGUGCUUCUCGGGCGGACUCGACGGCACCAUCCGCGUCUGGAACCUGCCGCCACCCACCGCCGAUCCCUACGACCCGUACGAUCCCGCCGUGCAGGGGCCGGUGCUGCGCGAGCACACGGACGCGGUGUGGUCGCUGUCGGCGGCGCACGGGCGGCUGCUGUCGUCGUCGGCCGACGGCACGGCGCGCCUGUGGGCGCCGCGUGCUGCGCGCCCGCUGCUCGCCACGCUGCGCGACGACGCGCCCGCGCACGCCGCGCACGCCGCCCACGCCGCGCACGCCGCGCCCGCCGCCGCAGACUUCGCGGACGCCGGUGCGCGCGCCGCCGUCGUCUACCGCGACGGCACGCUGCUGCUCUACGACCUCGAGACCACGCAGGUGGUGAUGCGCGUGUCGUGCGACAGUCCGAUGACGCGUGUGCGGUCGCACCCGACGCUACCGCUGCUGGUGACGGCGCACGAGGACCGGCACAUUCGGUUCUGGGACGGUGUGUCGGGCCGCUGCGCACACGCUAUGGUAGCACACUUGGACGCCGUCACGGGGCUUGCGUUAGACCCCAACGGCCUGUUCCUACUAUCUGGCUCGCAUGAUUGCUCUGUUCGCCUUUGGAACCUCGACACCAAGACCUGCGUGCAAGAGAUCACUGCACACCGCAAGAAGUUCGACGAGAGCAUCCUCGAUGUCGCCUUCCAUCCGCUUCGGCCCUACAUCGCCAGCGCCGGCGCAGACGGCCUCGCGAAGGUCUUCGUCUGAGCUCUCCGACUAUAUAUAGUAUAUAUAUAUAAUAAUAAAUACAUGUAAUUUUACUUUCGAUACGAACUCUAUGUUACGCAGUAGCGAGUCGCGUCAUCGCUCGUAGACGGGCGACCGGUACUCUCGGAUUAUGUGUCUAGUCCCUUCGGUACGGUUACGAGUAGCGACGUAGCGACGUAUCCGCGAUUCGACGACUGCCGUGUGUACGGACGGAGCCGCCGGUUCGUUUUAUCGUAUUUAAAUAUUGUAACGUAAUGGACGCGCUCGACGCUCGUUAUAAGCGCGUAGUGAACACUCAUCUAUGUAUAGACAUUUGAAAUCUAUUAUAAUAUAUUUUUAGACUUUCAGUAUGUGACUUUAGGUUUUUAUCACGACUUUUUCACCGAUUUUACGAUACGCAGUGAGAAUAUUGUUCGUUUUUAUGCAUCUGUAAGCCAUGCCUUGUAAUAAAUAUCAUGUGGAUUCCGACAAUGUUUCCGUGAUACGUUUUUAUGUUUUACGUGUCUGUACAGUUAGAUGUUACGCAGUAUUUGCUAAUCUCACAGAGAUCGAAUAGUGUUUCUUUUUAGCUAGUAUGAUUUAUUUAAAUCGAUUGGAUUUCUAUAGCCAUAUUAUACUUUGUUUUGUGACAUGUACGAAUAUGCUCUCGUUAAUAAUUUAUGCAGAUGAACAGAUGAUGAGCGAUCGAACAAAAUAUAUGAUUGAGUAGAAGUACUAUAUCGAAAAUAACAUAAGUAAUGUUUGUUCAUAUGAGUACUGCGAUGUAGAAUAUAUAUUAUAAAACAUUACAUAUUCCUUUAUUUUCUUCGAUUUCUUGUACACAUACAUCCAAAAUUGAUAGUAAAAAGCAACAUAACCGAGAUGAAUGUUGUUUUUUUAAUUCUUCAUUUCUUAUUCCCCAUAGAUGUAAGUCACUGGUAUAUUCGAUAUUUUAUUAAUCUACAAAAUGGAUAGCUUGGAUAAGAAGUAUUUGAACAAAAAUUGCAUAAUAUAAACAAUUUUCAUUUUUAUCUAUGUUAUCGAAGAUUAUAUAAACGAUCCAUUAUGAUUCUGGGCUACCGUGUAGUAUUACCAUUACUGUAGUGGUAGUGCUUUGAUACAUUUCAAUUUAGACUUUGCGUUAUGCAUAUAAAUACUAUUCAUUUUUAGAGAAUUUGGAUCGAUGUGUCAUUUAUGCAAGACAAUUUUCAACAAGUUUGUCCCUACAUCGAUAUGAACCUUACGUAAUUUGGAUACAGUACUUUAUGGUGUACUGUGGUGAUAAAGUUUCCUAAACUAGGCUCUGGCUCGCGUUGUAAUGUUACAGUUGGUUACUUAUGUAACGACGCUAUUUGAUGAAAUAUUUUUAUAAGCUUGAUACAGUCUUUCAAUGUCUAUUCUGUAUUUUAUAUUCAUUUACAAGUUGACCUAAACCGAAAAAUCUAAUACAAUGGAGGUGAAUACGAAGCCUCAUUAUAAGUUUUUUUUAAACAAUAUUUAAUAUAUGCGCCGUAUAUAACAUUUUAUAUAAUAUUUUAAAAUUAUCAAAUCGAUUGUUUCUCACAUAAAAAUAUUUUAUUGAAUGGAAAAUUUAGUAUGAAUCGAGCUUAGUUUUGAAAUAAUCUUAAUACUUGCAUUAUGAUUUAGCGCAAUUAUUGUAUUCAUCAUAAAAACUACCUCUCAUAAUGAAUGCCAAGGCUAAAGCCCGGUUUAUAUUUUUAAAACUUUCGCUUCAAGUCCUUUAGUAGAGUACAUAUACAUGUGUCUUUAUAUGAAUGCAAUCUUACUAAACUAAGUAGUAGAUAUUAAGUCAAAGCUACUGUUUACACACGUCUACUAAAGCACUUGUUUGCUAGUGUUUUUCUAAUGUAAACCAGGCACUUGGAACUAAUAACAUAAUCAGUUUAUUUCACUUUUUGCCGAUGUUUGCUUCUAGUACUAGUUAGAAAUGAAGGAGUUAACGUGAAGGUGACAAAAUUAGUCUUGUUUGUUGACUAAAGAGAGUACUAACUAGGCGCUAGAGUUGCUAUGGUACACGUGAAUUCAUUAAAAAUAACGCUGACGCUAAGUAACGCUCUAAAGACUGACAUACGCGUGUUGUUAUUUGGAAAUAUAACAACCAAUGCGUUUUAUAAUCCACCUGCCUCAAACGUACAAUAAAUAUAAAUUAGCGAAGAGUCUGAUUAUGUUUGUUGGCAACUCUGAAUUGAGCUGAUCAAGUGUAAUUAGUUCCUUAGCCAGACAAUCUCUAUAAAAACAAAAUUUGUAAAGAUUUGAUUAUGGUUAAAUGAAUAGAACCAUGCAGUAAAUUAGUCAAUAAACAUUACAAAAUA